GCUGUAGGUCCGCAGAGAGAGAUGGCGAAACCCACGCUCUUGUUCGUGCCUGGUGCAUGGCAUUCGCCCCCUCAUUACGAGGCACUCAUGAAGGUCCUCGAGAAGCAUGGAUACCAGUGUGAAGCUGUAGCCUUGCCUUCAGUCGAUCCCAAGGAUCCUCCAAACACCGACGCCGACACGGAUGCCUCUGCCAUAUCCGCCGCAAUCAGGAACAUCUUGUCCUCAGGCAACGAUGUCGUCCUCAUCACCCAUUCAUACAGCGGCAUCCCAGGUCAAAGCGCGGCAUACUCGUUCGUUGGCCAGAACCAAAACGGGCCCAGGCUCACCUCGAUCGCCAUGAUGUGUUCAUUCCUGUAUCCGCCGCAAACAGCUCUUCUCGCGCCCCUGGGAGGCAAACCCCAUCCGAUCCACAACGUCUCUGCUGAUGGAAAUCUGGUGAAUGUCGGAGCACCGGGUCCCGAGGUCAUCUUCUACAACGAUGUACCGGCUGAGGAGGCGGCUCGCUGCAAAGUCAUGAUCAAGACUCACUCCUGGCGCUGUAAGCUGCUGCCGCCGAGUGCUGAAGGUGCUGGAUGGUGGGAGAUCCCCACCAGCUAUUUGAUCUGUGAGAAAGACAACGCCAUCCCAGCAGAUUUGCAGAGGAAGAUGGUCGCGGACGCAAAUGAAGCGUUGGCCCAGAGAGGUUCUGAGCUGACAAUUCGGGAGGAGACGGUAGAGAGCGGGCACAGCCCAUUCUUGAGUAUGACCGAGAGGACGGCAGAGUUCAUCCGGCGCAGUGCUGGAGAACAGGUGCCUAUGAUGUGAUAUGUGCAGGGAGAGCCCCCUGCCAUUGGUCUUCCCAAUAAGAACAGCCGGGCUUUGUCUAUAGAAGUCAUCUAAAUGUUCGUCUGUGGCCGGCAGAGUCAAU